CAGAAGAAGAAGAAAAAGAAAUCGCGAUUUUAUAACGCCAUUGUUUGAGGAAACUCCUAAUCCAUUCUCAAACCCUAGUUACUUCCUUCUCGAACGUUCCUCGAUAUUCCCGCGGGAAAUUCACGACCAAGAGCAAUCCGUUUUCCAGAUUAGGGUUUAUAUCUCUGGGUUGCGAUGAGAUCUGCCUCGUGAAGUCAUGUAUGGCGGUGAUUGAUCUUUGCUUCAGCUUUGUUUUCGCUUUUCGUCAAAUCUUGAGCUUAUUGAGCUUUGGCUUGUUUGGUUUUCAAAUUCCAAUAAUUGCAGUUUAAUCAACAACAACAAAAAAAUAUGGAAUCAGAGAGCGUUAAGUUUGGAGGUCCUAGAGAAUUGGGUGGUGCACUAGAUCUUAUAACACAAUACAAGUUGUUGCCACACCAUGAAUUCUUUUGCAAGAGAUCACUUCCAGAGUCACUGUCAGAUGCUCAUUAUCUUCAUAAUUUGGUUGGAGACACAGAGAUUAGAAAAGGAGAAGGAAUGCAAUUAGAUCAGCUUAUUCCUAAUGCAUCACUUAGUAGCCGAGAUACGAAUGCUCGCAUCCAACCUUUUGUUCUUGAUGAACUUAAGGAGGCUUUUGAGCUUAAUGAUACAGCUCCUGUUGAAUUGCCUCCAGCAGAGAAGGGAGCUCCUACCACUGUAUCAAAAUCAAAAAGUGAGUCAAAAGAUAAGGAUAGGAAACAUAGAAAACAUAAAGACAAGAAGGAGAAAGAUAGGGAACAUAAGAAGCACAAGCACAAGCAUAAAGAUAGGAUCAAAGAUAAGGAUAAAGACAAGGAUCGAGACAAAAAGAAGGAAAAAAGUGGACACCAUGAUAAGAAAAGGAAGAACAAUGGGACUGAAGAUGCUGAUGACGUUCAGAGGCACAAAAAGAGUAAGCAUAAGAGCUCAAAGCUUGAUGAGAUGGGAGCGAUGUAGGUUGGAGGCUGAAGCCGUGCACACUUUCAUUUUUGUAUUGCACACCCAAGGUGUCAUGGAGAGGCUUAGAAGCAGCUAACUUUGUUAGGUAACUCGGUCACUAGAGUCAUCUUCUCAUCUUUAGAUAACGCACGUUUCUCAUAUGGGGCUGCGUCUGUCAUAACCAACGGUACUGUACAUGAUGAAUAUGAUUGAGUCAACAAAGCUAUGGUUGUUUUAAACAUGAAGAAAUAAUUAUUGUCUAAGGCUUAUAAGAAGAUAACCUGGAACUCUAGCGACCGAGAGUGCACUAACUUUAUUUUGGAGUCUCAAAUAAUUAGAAAUGUUUCUAUAUGGUGUAGAUUUGUCUCAACAUAACAUAAAAUGAUUUGGAUUUGGUUUUGCAGGUUUAAUCUCUAAAUAAAAAUUGCAUUGUGGGAGAAGUUAGGAGGGGUUAAGCAACGAAAAGUUCGCCAAGAAGAAUCACAACUUGUACAUUUUGUUACACUUUAAACAAGCUAUGAAGUUUAUCUAUUCUCGUGACUAUUUAAACAGAAAGGUUUCAUACAUUCGAAAUCAUUUACUCUGAAAUUUAUCGAAUCUGAAGGCAUGUGACUUUUUGGGUGUAUUCGUCUCUAUGGAAAUACCAAAAACAAAAUUUAGAUCUUUCAGGAAAGUGUUUUAUCUCGAACAAAAGAGUAAAUAAUGAGAAGAA